AUGAAGCUGAGUGGCCAGCAAUGGGUUUUCAAGAGUCUCAAGUUUACCGGAACAAAGAUUGGCGUUAAUGCAGGUGGUACCGAUAUUGUGUUCAUGGACUGCCAUUUCGAGCAGGGCGAUAUCGGCAUCGACGCAGGCGGCACUUCCGGAUCGUUGACAGUCAUCGACUCCUCGGGCUCUGGAUUGAAUUCGUUUAUCGUGUCGGGAGAUUCAGGGAAUGCGGGAAACGCAAUCAUUCUAGAAAAUAUCCAGAAUACCGGCACUACGGUGACUCUCGGAGGGCAGGCCAAACUGUCCGGCCCUGUGAGCGAUACUUGGGUACACGGAACAGUGUACGAUCCAGGAAAUGCCAACAAGCGGAGAGCCGAUGGGGACUCGGUCACCACGCCUCGUCCUUCAAGCUUGACCCCCGGAGGCAAGUACUUCACAAUGCCUCCUCCGACGUAUAAGGAAUACAGCGCAGACCAAGUCUUGAACAUCAAAUCUGUCCCUGGGCUACCUGUGUACGGUGACGGCUCGACCGAUGAUAGCCAAAACAUCAACCGAAUUCUGACGGAGAAGCGUGGAUGCCACUUGAUCUAUUUCCCGGCUGGCACGUAUAUCGUGGCCGACACUAUCUUCGUUCCCAGCGGCACUAGGAUCAUAGGUGAUGCUUUUGCCAGCGUGAUAAGCGCCAAAGGCGACCUAUUUAAAGAUGAAGCGUCGCCGCGUGUUAUGGUCCGAUUCGGAUACCCCGGCGAUAUGGGUGUUGCGCAAGUCAGCGACAUGAUAUUCACCGUCGCUGACAUUUUGCCCGGCUGUAAAAUGGUUGAAGUCAAUAUCGCAGGAAAACAGCCCGGAGAUGUCGGGUUCUGGAACACGCAUUUCCGAAUUGGAGGCGCCGUGGGCAGUCGAGUGCAAACCGACUGCGCGUCCUCGCCGGGCGAAUGCAAGGCCGCCUGGGGCCUCCUUCACCUCUCCUCCACUUCAUCGGCCUACAUCGAGAACAUGUGGGGGUGGACCGCGGACCACGAUCUGGACGGAGACCAUAAGCAGAACAUCGGCACGGGUCGGGGCCUGUUAGUCGAAGCCACCAGCGCCACUUGGCUGAUCGGCACCGGCUUCGAGCAUCACACGCUCUACCAGUACAACUUUGAGCGGGCGCGCAAUGUCUUCUCCGCCCUGCAACAGAGUGAGACGCCCUACUGGCAAGGCCCGGGGAAUCUCUACGCGCCAGCCCCGUGGGCCGACCACCGUAUAGGCAGUGAUCCGGACUUUUCACACUGCGCGCCCGAAGAUGCAACCUGCCGCAUGGCUCUGUUUGAGCGCAUCAGUGGAUCCUCGGAUCUUUUUUUGUAUGGAGGCGGUAACUGGGUGUUCUUCAAUGCCAACGGCGAUUGUAACGGGGACUGUCAGAAGAACAUGCUUCAGAUUAUCGACUCGACCCAGAUAUACCUGUACGGGACUAAUUCGAAGAGCACGACGAACAUGGUGCUCGAGGGGAGCCAGGCGAUCGCGACGCAGAGCGAUAAUGCCGGUGGCUGGGGUGGAGUGAUCGCGGCGUAUCUGUACAAUUCGUGA